UCGUUAUCGGGCAUCAUCUUCAUCUUGGUGUGUGCCAACAUGAUGGUAGCUGCCUUGGGAAUGGCGCAGUUAUCGAGGUGCGUCAGGCUCCUGACGGCUCGCCGUGCUGUGGCUCCGUCCUCGGUCAGUGCUGCUGAGUAUCACCGGGCUCUAAUGCUCGAUGCUGGGAACGUCAGCCGGGUUCAGAGCAGAGCACACAGCGUUACGCAGCACCGUCCUCCAGGAAAGCUUGUGCGGGAUGGAGAGGAAAAGAAACCAGUGAUCUGUGUGGAGGGGAACAUUGCCAGCGGGAAGACGACGUGUCUGGAGUAUUUCAGCAAAACCAGCAACAUAGAGGUUCUGACUGAACCAGUCUCUAAAUGGAGGAAUAUCCGUGGACACAACCCUCUGGGUCUGAUGUAUCAGGAUCCUGAGCGCUGGGGCAUCACACUGCAGACCUACGUUCAACUCACCAUGCUGGACAGACACUUGUCCUCCGUAGUAAAUUCAGCUCCGGUCAGGAUGAUGGAGAGGUCCAUCUUCAGUGCCAAGUACAUCUUUGUGGAGAAUCUCUUCAGAAGUGGGAAAAUGCCAGAGGUGGACUACGCUGUUCUGAGCGAGUGGUUUGAUUGGAUCACAGCUAACAUUUCCAUUCCUGUCGAUCUGAUUGUCUACCUGCAGACGUCUCCUCAGACCUGCCAUGAGAGGUUAAAGCAGAGAUGCAGAGAGGAGGAGAAAGUCAUUCCACUGGAAUAUCUGGAGUCUCUGCACCAGCUGCAUGAGGACUGGCUCAUCAAGCAGACCUUGGCCUCUCUCCCUGCUCCUGUUCUGGUGAUUCCUGCUGACCACGACCUCCAGAAGAUGCUGCACCAGUACGAAAAAAACCGUGAAAAGAUCCUUGCUACUAGCAGCGUCUGAUAUACAUACAUACAUAUCAUAUAACUGAUCUGUUACAUUUACUUGGUUACAUGGUUUUCUGUACUACAGAAAGAAAGGUACAGAAACUACAGCUGCUUCUUUACGCUUCUGUUUUAGCCAUUUGAAAACUCUGCAAACUGUGGUCAUAGAGGCUCGUUUUCAUUAGUUUUUAAUGACAUGUUCUCACCAACAUCACAUAUGAAACGUUUUCUCACCUACAGAAACAGAACUAACUUCAACAACUGACUACAACUGAAACAUUCCACUAAGCCUCAGUGUCUCUGUGAAACACCAGAGAAAGUUCUUGUUGCUGCUCAGAUGGAGGUGUUAAACUGAUUCAUUCUGUUUGUGUGCCUUUUGUUCUGUUGCUUUUUAUUAGUCUGCUCAAAUGUCACUAUGUGAUGUCAAGUGAAGUUUACAUUUGUAUUUUAAACCUGAUGUGGUGAAAGCAGGAGCAACCACAGUUACAGAACACAUGAGUUCAUAUACUAUAGGUGCGUUUGGGAGCUGGUGAUAAUGUGUAGGUCAUUAAUAUAAUUUAAUCUUAAUUUAAUCUUUGCUCUUACUUUACAGAAUAAAAAGUUUACUCUGAAAUCCUGAGUUUGUGUUUUUAAAGACCCUC